UUUAAAUGUAUGGUCAUGUAUAUCGAUUACACAUAUUUUCAUUUAUCGAUUUGAUGGCGUAGAAAAUGUGUGUUUUUGUGCAGGCUAUUUUAAAUAAUUGUAUGAAAAAUUGUGCAAAAAUGGGAAAAAUUAAAAAGUGUAAUUAAACAAUGAGCAAUGCAAGCCUAGUGAUACUUAUAUUAGUAACAUAACAAUUAUAUAACAUAAAUAUGUCUAAAAAAUUAUGCAAGUAACAUUUAUCUAGGCAAAUAUAAAAUUCGUAGAUUUUCAUCGCCAAGCCACUGCUGCAAUAUUGCACAAACAAAAAAAAUCAAGAAUUUGUGAACAUAUUUGUUGUAAUCCUGUAGGUGUUAACAAUUACGCCAUUUUAUUUUGCUUUCGCUUUCUACAACAACGCCUCCCCUUCUAAUUAAAAAACAGCAUCCCUUUAGUGUUGUUGUUGCACGUCAUACAACUGCUGCCGAUUGGCUGAAGUAAAUUUCGCUUACAGAGAAAGCCACCCCAUUCGCAUAGUGUUGUAGCAACAACAAGAACAGUCCAUUUUUUGGUGGUGUCUAUUGAAAUCGCAUAUAAAAGGAUGCUGUGCGUCAAGGAUAUAGCACAUUUCAAUUUCUACGCGUAUACGCGCGUCACGUAUGCAGUAACGGAAAGGAUUGCGGUACAAUUAAAUGAAAAGUGAGAACAUCUUAUAUAACCUGCAAUAAUAUAGAGUGUAUAAGAUUAUAAAUUAUUUGCAGUAAUUAUACAACACACUGCAGCCGACGACAAUAUGGUGUACGACAUGACGCAUAUGAUGCCGGCACAAAGCAUCUCCUUGGGUCGCUAUUAUCUGCACGAUCUCAAUGGUAGCGCUGAGAAUCAUGACUAUGUUUUGGACAUCGAUCGACGCUUUCAGGCGCGCAUGGCUUGUGAGACAAUGCCACAGGCCUCACCACCACCGCCGCCAACGCCAGCACCACGACGCCGCACCACACCGAUCGCACAUUUGGAUCCCUCCGAAUUAGUGGGACUGUCGCGUGAGGAGCGACGCCGUCGGCGACGCGCCACGUUAAAAUAUCGCACCGCACAUGCAACACGCGAACGCAUACGCGUCGAAGCGUUUAAUGUUAGCUUCGCGGAAUUGCGCAAACUGUUGCCCACACUGCCACCGGAUAAGAAGUUGUCGAAAAUUGAGAUACUCAAAUUGGCUAUAUGCUAUAUAGCGUACUUGAAUCAUGUGUUGGAAACGCCAUAAACGCUAGAUUUGUUUCUAAUAAUUGUUUUGGGAAAAUCAGUUGCGCAAAUACUUAAACUACUUUCUACUAUCUGAUAAUUUAAGCUGCAUUGUGAUACCAUAUAAUUUUAAAUAUUCACUUUAUACACUUGACAUUUUAUUGUAUAUAACUUUUAUUUAUAAAAUAUUUUAAGAUUUUCAUAAUAAAUAUUAACGACUUUAAUUGCAUUGUUUACAAUUUUUCGCAGUGGUGAGAAAAGUUUUUCACCAUUAAGCAAUAAAUCGAUAACUC